CCUCUCUGACGGUGGGAGGUCAGGAGUAGGAGGAAAAACCAGAACGGACGGGAUGCUGUGCAGCCAGUAGCAACACAAGUGGGGCACAGGAGAAAGACGAGAAGCUGCUCGACUUCUGACAGGUUUCUCACUGUUUGGAUUGAGGAUAAGCAUGUCCACAGGAGACAGGACCCCUUCUACAACCUCCAUCGACUCCGCCUCAACAGAAGGCAAAGAUGGACCCUCACCUUCUGGUUCAGUCUCUGAAGCGCCCAAGAAAGCAUCAAAAAAGUCCAGCAAAAAAAACACAGAGAAUAAGACCAAAGUCUACAACUCUGUGCUCGACAGUGUUUUUGGGGCGGACAGAGAACUGGCUCAGGCUGAAAUAGAUGAGCUCCAUGAGGCCUUUAAGGAGUUCGACUAUGACCAAGAUGGCUACCUGAACUACAAGGAUGUGGCUGAAUGCAUGAGGACGAUGGGAUACAUGCCCACUGAGAUGGAGCUGCUGGAGAUAGUCCAACAGAUCAAGAUGAGAAUGGGCGGGCUGAUGGACUUUGAAGACUUUACUGAACUGAUGGGACCCAGGAUGAUGGGAGAAACUGCUCACAUGCUGGGACUCAAGGAGCUCCAGUCGGCCUUCGUACAGUUUGACCUCGAUGGAGACGGAAAGAUCAACCAAGAGGAGAUGAAGGAGGCAGUUAAGAGCCUGCUGGGGGAGAAGCUGAAGAAAGGAGAACUGGAGGAGAUCCUGAAGGAGCUGGACAUCAAUGCAGAUGGAAACAUUGACUUUGAAGAGUUUGUGAUGAUGCUCUCCAUUCGCUAAUCGUUAGACUGUCUGUGAAUCAGCAGUAAAUCCAGUCUCAAUUUUUGUAACUUGUGCUUGUGACAUAGGCGUAGACUUCUAUCACAUAAUGUGUGCCUAACUAUGUAACAAUUAUUUAAAUGAUGAAUUGCUAAGAAAGUGGAAUGAUACUGCGUAAUUCCUGAGUGGCAUCAGAUGCUAAUUUAGUCGAUCCAUGAACCUUUUGAUGUGAUCUGUGAAUACGACUGAAAUAUUUUGCUAUUUUAUUAAAGAAAUUAAAACAUU